UAAACUGUAUGUAAUGUUUAUUAACUUAUAAUCUUAUAAAUAUACAAUAUAAUAUUAUAAGAAUAGAUUUACAUGUGUCAAUACAAAAAUGGCGCUUCACGAUUAGUACACGUGCUGUAUAAUGCUAAAGUAAAGUUACCUUUAGUUAUAUUUUGAUGCUAACAAACUUGAUAUAAAAAACUACAAAAUGACUAGUUGGUCAUUACUUGUUAAUAAAAGUACAGUACGACAAUGUUUUCGUUGUAUGACUACAAUGAAAAAACAGUCACCUGGUGAAUAUUGUUUGGAAUUGGUUAGAAAAAACGAUUAUGAGAAUUUUUUAUGCACGUUAUUAUUACCUAAAAAUAUAAAAGCUGCGGGUUUUGCAAUACGUGCUUUUAACGUUGAAAUAGCACAAGUUGAAGAUCAAGUAACUAUGAAACACGUAGGAAAAAUGAGAUUACAAUUUUGGAAAGAAACACUGAAUAGCAUAUACGAUGAUUUGCCAUCAAAAACUCCAGUCGCUAUAGAAUUACACAGGAUAUUACAAAAGCACGAACUUUCAAAAAGAUAUUUCAAACGUCUAAUCGAUGCUCGCUUAGAUAAAUUAGAAAAGUCAAUAUUUCCUAAUAUACAAGCAAUUGAAAAUUAUUCUGAAAAUGCUGUUUCAUCAAUCUAUUAUUUACUCUUAGAAGCAAAUGGUAUUAAAAAUAUAAAGGCAGAUCACGUGGCUAGUCAUUUGGGUAAAGCACAUGGAAUCAUUACUUUAAUACGUUCCAUUCCGUAUCAUGCUCAGAAACGUGUUAUUAUUUUACCACAAGAUAUUUUAAUGAAACACAAUGUAUCCUCCGAAACAAUAUUAAGAAAUAUAAAAACUAAAGCAGUAAAUGACGUAAUAUUUGAAGUAGCAUCUUGUGCGAAACAACAUCUAGACGAGGCAAUUUUGCUUAAUACUUUUAAAACAAGCAAGAUAAUAUUUUUACCAAUAGUUUUUAUAGAAAAUUAUUUAGAAGAAUUAAGGAGAACAGAUUUUGAUGUUUUUCAUCCACAACUUGCUAAAAGAAAUGGUUUCUUACCAUUACAACUUCUAUGGAAAAAGAUAACUGAUAAAUUUAGUAAAUAAAAUUAUAUAUAUAUAGAAAAAAACUAGAAUACCUUCCAUUUAUAUGAAAUUAUUCCUUUCUCUUAUUGUCAAAAAAAGAUAAGAAGUAGGUUAAAAUAAUGAAAUAGAAAAAAUAUUUAAAAAUCUCAUGUUCUCUGAAAUUCAUCACUCUGUUUGAUGUAUUUAUUGUAUUACAUAUAAAUGAGAAUAAGAUAUUAAAGUGAUAUUGAUAAUAUGUUACAUUUACAAGAGUGAAUGUUCGAUGUGGAACUAAAUGGAUUUGUGAUAAAUUAAGC